CCCCCAUGACUCAAAAUUACUGGAUUAUUGAAAAGUGAAGUUUUCUGCCAAAAUGUACAAUAUCCAGGCCGCAUUGCAGGCAAAGGCGUUGAUGAGAAAACAUAGGAAAUGGGUCAAGCUUGCAAUUCGAACUUUCAACACGAUUCUGUGUUUGGGAAUCCCACUGACACUUGUUACGAAGGAUUCAGAGCUGCAUCGACAUAUGCAUGAUGACAGUGAUCCAACAUUUGAGCUGAUCUACUUGAUACUAGUGAUCGUGAGCCUUGUGGCUUACUAUGUGGUGUGCUUUACGGAUCCUGGAUUUGUUCCAACAGCAGGUGAAAAUAAGUCUCCUCGUAUCUUCCAUGAGUCACAUCUUUUGGAUAUGUUCGGAGAUGAUGACGGUGGUGAUGAGCAUAGCAGGAGAGUAGCUGAGGAAACCCAUGGUGUGCACAGGAGAUGUGGAUUUUGUGGAAUUCAGCAACCUUUGAGAUCUCACCACUGCCAUGACUGUGGGCGAUGUGUACGCAAGUUUGACCAUCACUGUCCUUGGGUGGAGACGUGUAUUGGAGAAGGUACACACAAAUAUUUCCUGAUCUGGUUGUUUAUCUUUGAAGUCCUGAUACUGUGGACGACAAAAAUGACAUGGGGAUGCUUCACACGGACUGAUACGUGGUACCAAUGGUUCACAGAGAAUUUCAUUUUGCUGAUGAAUAUGUUCUGGCUAUCCAACGGCGUCUGCGUCGUGACGGGACUGCUGUGUUUCCAUUCGUACAUCAUGUGUGUCAACCAGACGACGUGGGAAAUGAUCUCUCACAGUCGCAUUACAUACUUGAAACAUCUGAGCUGGUCGCACAAUCCAUUCCAUCAAGGAUAUAUUCAGAAUGUGCGAGACUUUUUGUGCAGGAGACGCUACAGGAGUUGGGAAGAUUUGUAUUUCCGUAACACUCGAUCUGGCGUCAAUUCCCAUAAAAACCUGGAUUUGGAAGUGGUUUGAGAUUAUUUCAAAGGUCUUGUUUUGCAUUAUGAAGUGAUUAGCCUUUAGUGACAUCUGUGAGGAGUUAGCUAUUCUAGAUAGUCUAGUGAUAUUAUCAUCACUUCAUUAUUGGCAUAGAUUAUGUUGCAUUAUAGUAAUACAGAUAAAUGCACGUUGAAUUUGGCAUGAUUACUACUGGUACUGGCAGCUAUUUCACUGUACAUGUAGGUGAUGGUAUGAAGAACAAAUGUUUUUUUCCAAUUUUAUAACUUUUUACAUUUAUGUCCUUUGUUUCCUCUCUUCACUGGUACUGCAUGCAAUGCCAACAUUAUGUACAGAAUAAAAUCAAAUGAGGUGUCAGUUAUAAUUUAUUAUCAUCAAGAUAUUUAAAGGCCAGGUUGACUGCUAAGAUCUACAGUUUGAUGUGAUGGAUUGUGGACCAAGAUAAGCUCAGUUUAAUUGGGGUUUUUAGAUUUUAACCAGGUUCAACUGCGUAGUGUUGAUUAUUUUGUACUGUUUUGUUAUCUACAUGUAGAUUUAUAUAUUUUCAAGAAAUUAUUUCAUAUGGCUUGUUGUAUGUUUAGAUAUUGAAAUAAAGUUAAAAAUGGACAUUCCAA